AAAGGUUAUUCAAUUACGAUCUAUGUGUUGACAAUAAACAGCGAUAACUGUCGGUAUAAAUACCAGCGGACCUCAAUGAGGGGUAAGCACCAACUUAACAACAAAAUUUAUAAUGUGGGUCACUACUUUGGGCAUUUUCUGCUGGACCAUGCUGGUGCAAGUCCAUGGAGGCUGGGAACCAGAAGACGAAAUUUGUGUCAAUAAGCUAAAACUGAACCGAAAUGAAAUUGAACCCCUUACAGAGGAAGGUAUUCACGAUUUGAGCAAUGAGAAUUAUAAUCGGUAUUCAGAGUGUUACUGGAAAGAGUAUAAAAUGUUGGGUGAUGAUGGAGGGAUACUAUGGAACGUCGUAAAAGAAGUAUUGGAAAAUAAGUUGGAGACCGAUGAGAUAGAUGCUAUUGUCAACGAAUGCGAGGAAAAGAAAAUUCGUGGAAACAAUGUAGGAGAAACAGUAGUGUUAACUCAAAAUUGCAUUGCUGAAGGUCUCAUAGCAAAGGGUCUGGUUUUUUCAUUUUGAUUCUUAUAACUGUAUUUUUUAAUAAAGUGUACAACUGUA